CGGUCUUUUUUUUUCCCCAAUUUUUCUUUUAAUUUUUUUAAAGAGUUUAUCAAAUCACUCCCCAGUUCUCAACUCAACAAGUCCUUCUUCGAGCUGAUAAGAGAUAGAAAUUCCUCAGGGUUUUUUCUUUCCCCUCUCUCCAAACAUUUCAACGAUUAUGCGAGGAACUGAGCAGGAACGAUAGCGUAUUUUGGUUGAGCUGAUUAUGUAGCCCUUUUUUUCAACAAUAUUUGGGUCACAAAUUUAAGAUUGGCUUCGAAAUUUUAGGGUUUUGACUGGUUCUUUUCCUGAGCUAAAGGAGUAUCAUUUUGGGUAUCAAGCUGGCUAUGGAUUACGAGCCUUAUGAUAGCAGUGGAACUGAUGAUGAUCUUCCCCCAUCACAUCAAAGCCGAAUCCCUAGAGGGGGACGUGUGGCUGGGAAUGGAAGACCAGUUGCACCUUCUAUUCCUUACCCUAGGAUGUAUGGUGAAACUGAUAUGGAGACCCAGAUUCAUCAACUAGAGCAAGAAGCUUACAGUUCAGUUCUAAGAGCCUUUAAAGCUCAAGCUGAUGCCAUUACUUGGGAGAAAGAAAGUUUGAUAACAGAGCUUAGAAAGGAGUUGAGAUUAUCUAAUGAGGAGCAUAGAGAGCUUCUUGGCCAGGUUAAUGCAGAUGAUAUGAUAAGGAGAAUAAGGGAGUGGAGACAGACUGGUGGGCUUCAAUCCGGCAUGCUUGGUACCGGUCAAGCUGUUCAUGACCCAAUACCCAGCCCUACUGUCUCUGUAUCUCGCAAGAAGCAGAAGAUUACUUCAUCAGUACCUUCUCAAUCCUUUGGUGGACCAUCUCCUUCGUUUCACCCACAAGCUGUUUCUGCUUCACACCAGCCAUCUUCAUCAACUGCUAAACGAGGACCUGUCUCAGGAUCAAAGAGCAAGAAGCAAAAACCUGUUUUACCAGGUGCUUCAUCAAUUAAGUCCAUUCCAUACCCAUCCUCAGGUCCAUCGGGAAGGGGUCAAGUAGCAAAUAGGGUUUCUUCUGGUGCUGCUCCUGAAGGGGCUACACGAGAAUCAUUAAUUGGGAAGAGAGUCAAGACUAGGUGGCCUGAUGAUAAUAACUUUUAUGAAGCUGUUAUAACUGACUACAAUCCAGUUGAGGGACGGCAUGCUUUGGUGUAUGAUAUUGGAUCGGCAAAUGAGACAUGGGAAUGGGUUAAUCUUUCAGAGAUCUCUCCUGAGGAUAUACAAUGGGAAGGCGAGGGCCCUGGUGUCUCUCAUCGAGGGGGUUAUAGUGGAUCAGGCCUUGCAAUGAAUAGAUCGGUAGGUCGGGAUAGUGUUCCAGGUGUAGGAAGAGGUAGAGGUAUCACAAAGGGUCAAUCCAGAAAAGAUUUGUUGCCAUCACAGAAUGGAAUUGGAAAGAAGUUGCCAGAUGAUAUACAAAUUCUUCACACUGAUACUCUAAUCAAGGAAGUGGAGAGAUUAUUUGGUGCAAAUCAUCCUGAUCCUCUUGAGAUUGAAAAGGCAAAGAAAGUGUUGAAGGACCAAGAACAAUCACUUAUUGAUGCAAUUGCAAGGCUUGGAGAUAUUUCGGAUGGUGAAAGUGAUGAGGGAGGCCACCACUAUGGGCAGGCAAUGGAGAGAGAAUGACGGGAACAGUUUUUUGAUGGAAUGCUGCAUAUCAUAUACUUUCAGUUGCAAAAUGGCUGGAGAAAGGGAAGACUCAGAGAUGACAAAAGAUGGGAUAGAAGAGACUGACGGAAUCUUUAGAGAGAUGCAUCUGACUUGAAGGUCAUUUUCUUGUAUAAUACUUUGCUAUAAUUAUAUGUUUCUCCUCAAAUAUGGGAUGACUUUGGGUUUGGGUUAUUUAGGAUAGGUAUUGUAGGCAAGCAAAUUGUUGUAGCCAGGUGAUAAAUUUUUAGUUAGCAGUAAAAUCUUGUUUAGUAAUUAGUUUGCUCGUGAUGUAUAAAUUUUGUGUUAUGGCUACAUCUUUUUUACACUGGGAGUUGCAAAUAACUUUAUCGCACUCCAUGUAACUUGGAUGAAAAGAAUCAUCUUUCUGAUUUUUCUUGUUAAUGAUAAAAAUAGCAUUUUGUGAGUUGUUUUAA